CCGCAGCUCCCCUAGUCUGCGUGCGCGAGCACGUCACGACCCUGCCGUGCGCCGUGUCAGGGGGCGGGGUCUCGGCUGUACAAAUAGGACCGAGGGGGCGGGAUGGCUGCAAUUUCGCGCCAAGCUCGGCCGGCAUUCCCACGGUCGUGAGCAAGCGGUGUGGUGUCCACAGCGGCUGUCAUGGUUCGUCCGCUAAACUGUAUCGUCGCUGUGUCCCAGAACAUGGGCAUCGGCAAGAACGGGGACCUGCCCUGGCCGCCGCUCAGGAAUGAAUUCAAGUAUUUCCAAAGGAUGACCACAACCUCAUCCGUAGAAGGUAAACAGAAUUUGGUGAUUAUGGGUAGAAAGACAUGGUUCUCUAUUCCAGAGAAGAAUCGACCUUUAAAGGACAGAAUUAAUAUAGUUCUCAGUAGAGACCUCAAGGAACCUCCACAAGGAGCUCAUUUUCUUGCCAAAAGUCUGGAUGAUGCCUUAGAACUUACUGAGCAACCAGAAUUAGCACAUAAAGUGGACAUGGUUUGGGUAGUGGGAGGCAGUUCUGUUUAUAAGGAAGCCAUGAACAGGCCAGGCCACGUUAGACUAUUUGUGACAAGGAUUAUGCAGGAGUUUGAAAGUGACACAUUUUUUCCAGAAAUUGAUUUGGAGAAAUAUAAACUUCUCCCAGAAUACCCAGGUGUUCUUUCUGAUAUCCAGGAGGAGAAAAGCAUUAAGUACAAAUUUGAAGUAUAUGAGAAGAACAAUUAAUGUGAAGGUGUUUUCUGGUUUAUUUCAAGUUAGUUGUUCCCCCUCCCCUCCAAUUACAUAUUUUUUUUAAUAUUAGAAAAAAAGACUUUUGUGACUUUAGGUCAACGGCUAAUUAUUUGUAAGCAAUGAAAUUUUAUAAAUUAAUCUUAAGUAGACUAUAGUUAAGAUUAGUCUUAACUAUUCCAUAUCAGGUGACCAUUUAUGAAACCUUUUUUGCUGUAGCUGUAUGAUGCCCAUCAAGGACCAGCACCUGCCUACAGUAGCAUAUCUUUCAAAAACCAAAGUUGAAAAAAUUCCCUGAGAGCAUGAGUUGAAACCAGGACCUACAGAGAUAGAACUAGACAGAUUUGUCCAAAGGUCAGACAUGGAUUAUAAACAGAAGAGAUAGAACUCAGAUAUUAAAAGAAAAUUAAAUCAAAAUAGAGACUUUGAAUUCUCUAUGCAUUUCAUUCACUCUUCUCAAAAAAGGUUCUGUUCACUCAGGCAAUCAGUAAGUUGAGGGAACUCUGGUGUAUUCCAUUGGGAUAGUAAAGAGGCAGGUAGGACACUGUCUUUUUGAAGGUUAAAAGGAAAGGUCUGAGACCUCUAAAAACUCUGCCUCUGAUCUUCUGUGGGAUUCCAUGGAUGUUACAAUGAUAGAAGAAUAAAGUUGUUCUUUACAAAAAAGAGUGAUUUAAAACAAGCAUAUGGCUAAAAUUAGAAAUUAAAAAGGUAGUGAAAUGAAACUAGACAACGCAAGAAACCAAAAUUAUGAGGUUGGAAACAAAAUUAAACUUCACUUAAUUAAAAGGUGAAAAUUAAAACAUGUUUUCCUACCACGUUAGCAAAGAUUUGGAUUUGUUAGGUAUCCAAAGAAAGGGCAUUUUUUGCCUUGUAAAUUAAUACAACUUUUUUAGAGUUUAAGUUAACAAUAUCAAUUAAAAUUUAAAAUAUUCUGGGUUUGGACCCAGAGCUGAGUUUCUACUUCUAAAUAUUAAUCCUGAACAACAAAGAGAUAGACCCAAGAGAAUUUGUUGCACUGAGAAUUUUUUCCAACUUGGAAACAGGGAUACCUGGGUGGCUCAUCCGGGUAAGCAUCAGACUCUUGAUCUCAACUCAGGUCAUGAUCUCACAGUUCAUGAGAUCAAGCCACGUCGGAUUCUGCACCGACAGCACAGAGCCUGCUUAAGAUUCUCUCUCUCCUCUGCACUGCUCCCCUUGCCAACUCACACACGUGCACUCUCUCUCUCAAAAUAAAUAAACUUAAAAAAUAAAACUUGGAAACAGCCCAAAUGACAAUCAAUAAAGAAAUAACCAACCAA